CAAAAGUUGAAGAUUUAGGGUUUCAUAAUCUCUACAAGUCUCUGGAGGAUCACAUGAAUAUUUCACUCAAACGACUACGCAUCACUGGAUUUCAAGCCGAAUCAGUGCGAACUCAUAUAUUAUAUUGUUUCAGAUGAAGUUUUUUAUUUAGGCGAUUGUUAAUUAAAUCUAGGAUGUAUUUAGUUUUAAGGUGUGUACUUGUGUUGAAAUUCUUGAUUUCGUAGAAAUUAUAUAUAAGUGUCGUUUGACUAUAUUUUAUUGAUGAAAUCCCUUUUUCUUCUUGUAAAAAAAUAAAAAUAAAAAAAAGACUUGAUUGUUUCCUGUCUAAAAAAAAAAGAAAAAAAAUAAUAAGACUCUCGAGAUUGUUUUCCCUCCAAAACACAAACAUUAACAUCUCUUCUAUGAUCACAUCUCAUGUACCUGCCACUGAAACCCAAAUCAUUUCUUCAAUUUCUACCACCAUUUGCUUCUUUUUCUUCUUCCAAUUUGAUAUGGGUAUCUCAUUUUUCGUCGAAAUCCCCUCAAUUUUUAUCAGAAUCGAAAACCCAUCUCGCAAAUUUCUUCAAUUCAAUCAACAUUCAAAGUGGAAAUCGAAAUUCAAACAAAGAAUGUAUUGAUCAUGAACUUGAAUUGGUUUCCGCUCUGAAAUCUUGUUCUUUCCUCCAAUCAAUUUUUCAAGGUCAGCAAAUUCAUUCCUUAAUAGUAAAAUCAGGUCUUGAUUCCAAUAUUUUUAUUCAGAACAGUAUAAUUAGUAUGUAUGUUAAAUGUAAUCAGAUUGGUGUUGCUAAAAAGUUAUUCGAUUCGUGUUCACGAUUGGAUUCGAUUUCGUGUAAUAUUAUGCUUGGUGCUUAUUUGAAAUCUGGUAUGUUGGGUGAUGCCCUCCAACUGUUUGAUGUAAUGCCUGACAGAGGAGGUGUUGCUUACACUACCAUGAUAAUGGGUUUGGCUCAGAGUGAUAGAUGGAGUCAAGCAAUCUCAAUUUUUAAGGGUAUGAGAGUUGCAGGUGUUGCUCCAAAUGAGGUAACUAUGGCUAGUGUCAUCUCAUCGUAUACUCGUGUUGGUAGGAUUUCAGAUGGUAGAGCUCUCCAGGCAUUGACUACUAAGUUAGGACUCAAAGAUUUUGUUCUUGUUUCUACUAAUUUGUUGCACUUAUAUUGUGUUAAAUCUAGUUUAGAGGACGCUAGGCGCUUGUUUGAUGAAAUGCCGGAAAAGAAUAUAGUUUCCUGGAAUGUGAUGUUAAAUGGAUAUUCUAAGGCAAAGUUUGUUGAUUUAGCCAGGGAUUUAUUUGAUAAUAUCCCUGAAAGGGAUCUGGUAUCAUGGGGCACAAUUGUUGAUGCUUAUGUACAAGUAGAUAGGCUAGUUGAAGCUUUGACACUGUAUCGUUCAAUGUUAAGUGCAGGAUUAAGGCCCAACGAUGUUAUGGUUGUGGAUUUAGUUUCAGGAUGUGGGCGAGUAGUAGCAAUUGGUGAAGGUCAGCAAUUGCAUUCCACAAUAGUAAAAGCUGGCUUCAACUGUUAUGAUUUUAUUCAAUCUACAAUUAUUCACUUCUACUCAGCUUGUGGGAAAAUUAAUCUUGCUUGCUUACAAUUUGAGGAAGCUUGUCAAUCCCAUCUUGCAUCCUGGAAUGCCCUUAUAUCAGGGUUUAUAAGAAAUGGAAUGAUUCAGAAGGCCCAAGAACUCUUUGACAGGAUGCCUGAAAGGGAUAUUUUCUCCUGGAGCUCCAUGAUUUCAGGUUAUUCGCAUGGUGGACAGGCUAGUAUGGCUUUAGAAUUGUUCCGAGGAAUGGUGGCAGUUGGUGUCCAGCCAAAUGAGAUCACUAUGGUGAGUGUUCUUUCUGCCAUUGCAUCUGUUGGUGCAUUGAAAGAAGCCAAGUGGGCCCACGAGUUUAUCAGAAAUAAUUCAAUCCCUCUCAAUGACAAUUUAAUUGCAGCGCUUAUUGAUGUUUAUGCAAAAUGUGGGAGCAUCAGCAAUGCAUUGGAUGUUUUCAAUCCUUUACGACCCAAAAUCACUUCAAUCUCCCCAUGGAAUGCAAUGAUUUGUGGAUUGGCAAUGCAUGGGCAUGCUACCUUGUCAUUAAGAAUAUUUGAAGACUUAGAAAAAACAGGUAUUCAACCCAACGCGAUUACUUUUAUCGGAGUUCUGACAGCGUGUUGUCAUGCUGGAUUGGUGGAAGCAGGAGAAAAAUAUUUUGAGAGCAUAAAAAAUGUCUAUCAGAUUGAUCCAAAUAUUAAGCAUUAUGGCUGUAUGGUGGAUCUCCUAGGUAGAGCAGGGAAAUUGCAAGAAGCCGAGGCAAUUAUAGAGAGCAUGCCAAUGCAGGCAGAUGUUGUCAUAUGGGGUACAUUGUUGGCAGCCUGUAGAACACAUGGUAAUGUGGAGGUUGGAGAGAGAGCAGCUAAGAUUUUAAGGAACUUAGAUACCUCUCAUGGGGCAAGCAGGGUCCUGCUUUCCAACCUUUAUGCCGAUGCUGGGAGGUGGAAUGAUGCGAUUGGGGUUCGGAAAUCGAUGCAAGGUGAACAAAUGGUAAGGCUGCCUGGUGCUAGUUUUGCAUGAAAUUUUUCUAUAAAGAAGCUGGGAAAGUUUCUCUGUUAAAGUUCUUGAGUAUUAAAAAUUAUGAAAUGUACUUAGAAGGAAGUGAUAGAAUUGAAGUACUCUGUAAUCUGUAGUAACGUAGUUGAUGACUUGAUGAUUAUGACAAAUAUAAUGUAGGCUGUUUUUUGAUAGAAUAUUUUUAUUGGAUACUACUCAUAUUAGUAUUAAUU